AGGAGAAAAAGGGCGGGUCCGUGAUGGGGAUGCUCUUCUCCUGCCCCGUGGAGGAGGAGGACGUGCCGGCGGAGGCGGCCGGCAUUCCGGCGCCGGGCGGCGCCAAUGCCGGGGAGCCGGCGGCGCUCAAGGCGUCGCUGGGCUCCGGGAAGCUCCGCUUCGAGGGCUCGCUCAGCUUCAAGCGGGAGCCGCAGAGCCCCAGCGCGCUCCUGCAGGUGGAGACGACCAAGGUCUCCAUCGCGUCGCCGCGCGCCGCCGUGGUGGCGCCCGUGCCCAUGCCCAUGCCCAGGGAGCUCGCGCGGACCAGGUUCGCCGACGCCGCGGCGCCGGAGAGCCCCAAGCACGAGUCGGCGGCCGUCACGGUGCAGAAGGUCUACAAGAGCUUCCGCACCCGCCGCCGGCUCGCCGACUGCGCGGUGCUCGUCGAGCAGAGCUGGUGGGAGCUGCUGGAUUUUGCGCUGCUCAAGCGGAGCUCCGUCUCCUUCUUCGACAUCGAGAGGCAGGAGUCCGCGGUGUCCAAGUGGGCGAGGGCAAGAACCAGAGCUGCCAAGGUUGGCAAAGGGUUGUCCAAGGACGACAAAGCCCAGAAACUCGCGUUGCAGCACUGGCUCGAAGCUAUUGACCCGCGCCACCGGUACGGUCAUAACCUGCACUAUUACUAUGACUGCUGGCUGCAGUCCGAAAGCAAGGAGCCAUUCUUCUACUGGCUGGACGUUGGAGAAGGCAGGGACAUUAAUCUUGAUCGGUGCUCGCGCUCCAAGCUUCUGAGCCAGUGCAUCAAGUACCUUGGACCGAAAGAAAGAGAGGACUAUGAGGUUGUGAUUGAGGACGGCAAGUUCAUGUUCAAGAACAGCAGGCAAAUCCUCAACACCUCCAGUGGAUCACGGGACGCCAAGUGGAUCUUUGUUCUAAGCACAUCCAAGAAUUUGUAUGUUGGACAGAAGAAAAAGGGCACGUUUCAGCACUCCAGCUUCCUCGCCGGAGGGGCUACAUCUGCUGCUGGCCGACUAGUUGUAGAAGACGGAGUUCUGAAGGUACUUAUCUGUUUAAUAUACAUAGCAUUCAGUGGUGCUGAACUGCUGAUGCUAUCAUUAAUUUCUUCGCGCAAUCCAGAAUUUCGUCAGAUAACAAACACCCUGACACAGUCUGACGAUUUUUUACAGGCCAUUUGGCCUCACAGUGGUCACUACCGCCCGACUGAAGAGAACUUCCAGGAAUUCCAGAGCUUCCUCAAGGACAAAAGUGUCGAUCUCACUGACGUCAAGAUGAGCCCAGAUGAAGACGAUGAGGAAUUCUGGAGCAGGCUCAAAAGCAUCCCCUCUGACUGCCGCGCCGCCGCUGACAGACCUGAAGGAGAUGAAACGGUCGCAGCUCAAGAUACCAGCCCUUGCCAGGCGCCUUUACUCACCACUGAAGCCGCCACACCUGAAGAAGUCUCUGUCUCAGAGCAUGAAGAAACCAGGACGCAUCCGAAACCCAUUGCAACUGUCACGAGACAAGAUUCAUCAGAGGACCCAGUCGAAAACGCCGAGACCUCGACGACCAGUGAUAGUGCCUCGUCUGAAGAUCCUCAUGAGGAGAACCACGACGACAACGCGGCCGUGCCGAGGGAGAAGAUCCUGCAGAGGAUCAGCUCGAAGAAGGAGACCAAGUCGUACCAGCUGGGGAAGCAGGUGUCCUUCAAGUGGACCACGGGCGCCGGGCCCCGGAUCGUGUGCGUCCGGGACUACCCCUCGGAGCUCCAGCUCCGGGCGCUGGAGCAGAUGCACCUGUCGCCGAGGAGCGGCGGCGCCGGCGCCGUCAGGGCGUCGUCGUCCCGGUUCGCCUCGGAGCAACGGUCCAGCAGCCCGAUGGCGAGAGGGCGCUGCGAGCAACUGCCGCUGGGCAGCGGCGGCGGCAGGGCGGCGUCGUCCCGGUUCGCCUCGCCGCAGCGGUCCAGCAGCCCGAUGGCGAGGGGGCGGUGCGAGCCGCCGACGCCGAGGGAGGCGUUCCGGACGCACCUGAUGGCGAGAGGAUGAUCAGAAUCGGAUCAGCCACUCGGUUUUCGAUGGAGGGAAUUUUUCUUGAGUAUUUUGGGUGGAACUGUGCAUACAAGACAGAAUAAAAUGGGGAGUAAAAACUGCUUCCCGUGUAGUCGUGUAGAUCCUGUAGAGUGAUACACAUACGUGAUCAAAUUCAUUAAUUCUUUGUAACUCUGAUGAAAAAAUGCAAUGGGAAAUACAAAUUCGUUACUAUA